AUGUAUGUCAAACUAUUUGAAAUUUCAUCAAAUUCUAGUAAAAUUUUUGCUUUUCAAAUGGCCUUAUUGAUUGGAAUUACUGUGAUUAAUGCUACUUUUGGAUUAUUUGAACUUUAUACAUUGUCAAAAGAGAAGUUAAAUUUUGAACAAACUUAUUACUGUGUCUGUGCAACAAUUGUAAACAGUUGUUUCACAGUUGCCACAACUUUAAUGAUUUCAACCUCAAGUUUAACAAUGAAAGAGGGAAAAAAGACUUUUAAAAUCAUUCACAAUAGAAUAUGUAAAGGCAUCUUUGAGUUGAGUGUAGAAUAUAUGAGACGAUAUCACUUAUUUCUGCUGCAGAUUGAACAUUUUUCAAUUGAUUUAUCAUGUGGACUCGUUAUUAUUGAUUGGAAGGUGUUGAUGAAGGUUAAAGUCUUCAACUUUCAUCAAGAUUAUCGUAAAUUAAAGAAACAUACAGUUUUGAUAUUAUUAAUAGUGAUUGUUGCUUUUAUUGCUUUUUUCACAAUUCCCUGGUUAAUGGCAGCGAAAAUAUUUAAAAUGGAAAUGGAAGAAUUUCUUGGUGGAUUUUUAGCGAGUUUAUUUUGGUGUGGAUUUUAUAUUUACUCUACAACGUGCUGCAUCCUUUUAUUAGCAGCUCAAAAACGAUUUGCAAUUAUUAAUAAAAUUAUCAAAAGAAAUUCAACAAGAUCAUCAAUCUUAUUAACAUCUAAACUUCAUAUGAGCUUAUCUGAGCUUGUGCUUAAAAGCAGUAAAAUAUUUUCAUUUCAAAUAGCACUUAUGCUUGGAAUGGCAGUUAUAAACUCAACUUUUGGAUUAUUUGAAGUUUAUACUUUAUCAAAAGGAGCAUUAACCUUUGAAAAGACAUACUAUUGCAUCUGUGCAGCAGGUGUAAAUGUUUACUUUUCCAUUGCCAUAAUCGUUUUGUUUGGAACAUCAAACUAUGUGAUGAAAGAGAGUCGAAAGACAUUAAAAGUUUUACAUUCUGGAAUUUAUAAUGAUAAAAAAAUUAAAAAAGGAAAAAUGAUUCAAAUUUUACUUCUUCAAGUUCAGCAUUUCAAUGCUAAGAUAUCAUGUGGAUUAUUCAAACUUGACUGGAAAGCAGUAAUGAUCGGUGCACGUGCAAUUUUUUCAUACUUAAUAAUUUUGGUUCAAUACGAGUCGCUGGUAAGAAGUCGACAAGAAAAUGAAGGUACAGCAUAA